UCUUUCAGGAAAAUAGUGCAACAAAAAGAGUUAGUAUGGGCAUUAGAAGAUCAAGAAUGAUAUGUUGUGAUGCAACAUUAGUAACCUUAGGAGCGUGGCCCAGUCAACUGCAAUGGCUUUAACACCACCAUCUACACAAUGUUGCAGAGACAUACCAUCAUUCCUUCCCACCCAACUUAAAUCUCGCUCCACAAGGUUAAAAUAUCUCCUGCCACAGCCAGUUUUACAUCAUGAGACAGAACGGCUGUUCUCUGAGUGUUUGGCAGCCUCAUCCACAAAAGAAAACACACUGUCUCUAGGCACCCCAGAGAAAUCAUAUGAGCACACACAGGGUAAGACCCAUGAAAAAGGUUUGUGUACAAGCUCAUCAGGCAACGUGGCAGGAGAUCUACUGGCCAUCCUUCUACAACAUCCAAAUUGAGGUUUGGUUGUACAAUGGAUCCUCAGCCUAAAACCUUCUAUGUCAAGUAGCCAGUAUUCAGCAACAUCUUGUAUUGAACUUGCAACAAUCUGGGCUCUUUUGUAGCAGACUUUUUACCAUUCAGUGUUUGGUUUCUCUAAAAUUUGGGUAAAGCUUCUCUGCAGCUUUCCUUUUCUGUACUUUUACUGCACAGAUGUGUUUUUCUCUAUAAAUCAUACUGGAAUCACACCCAGAAACAAUUGCACAGGUAAUCCUUAAAACAUUCAUAUAUUUGUUUAUGUCUUCCAGGUCCUAGUAACCACAAUAAAAGCCAAUACUACAUACAUACAAUUCAAUCAACUUGUUGAAGACAGAUAUUCAUGACACCAUCUUAUUCUUAGUGGCUUUAAUAAACGGACGAAAACCUCUCUGACGUGCUGGACUAAUUUUCCCAUAUCCCCGGUCGCGCCCAAUCCUCCUCAGUUUUGUCCUUGGAUGGAAUGGGAGCUGAAUGACUAGUCGAGAGCCUGGCAGGAUCGCUCAAGUCUCCCUUUCAUACAGGCACGGGAAUCGCGGCGGCGAGCGCACCUCUAUACUUUUCCUAUCUCCCGGCCUGGUGGCGGGCCGCCGUUCUCACUGAGGAGUUUGGCCCGCGCGGACCGCCGUAGCCGGCUAUGCCCCGCCCCGCGGAGAGCAGGGAAAACUCCCGCCAAAUCAAAAGGUCCGUUUGAACAUCGGCGGGUCGGUCGCUGCUGCAGCUUUCUUGCCUCCUUCCGGGCCGGGGAGUGGCGUAAAUUGAUGGAUGUGACCUGCCGGUGGGCUAGUCUUGCCAAACGCCUUUAAGAGCUGGCUGACAGACGGAAAGUUUUCCUCCGAAGAUGUGGGACGACGUGGAGCUUCUGACAAGUGACGAUACAGGAAGCGGGCAGCUGAGCAUACAUUCCAGGCAAGAAUGUGGGAGCGCGCUGUAUCAGAUGAGCACACUGGUGAAAAUAACCUCCUCGCAGAAGGUUUUAUCUAACCCGGCGUUAAAUGCGUAUAGUUUGAAUGAUGGCUGUGUGCUGGUGGCUGACAGAACGGUGGUGGUACUUGACAAUAUUUGUCAGUCUCUUCAAAUGUUUAUUCAUUUUGAAACGGAGGUGGACAUUGUUGGCUUGUGUCAAGAAGGGCAGUUCCUUGUCGCAGGCGAGAGAAGUGGGAACUUGCACCUGAUUCAAGUAUCUUCGAAGCAGACCCUGUUAACUAAGGGGUUAGUUCAAGGCUCUUCAGAUGAAAAGGCCUUCUUGGAUCUUAUUCUGGAAAGGGACAGUUCUCUUGAAGGUAUCUAUCAUGCAUUCAUUUUGACCAGCAAGGGCUUUUUCUGUAUCAUGCAUCUUCCGCUUGCCGACAUUCAGAAAGCAAUUAUCGAAAUGGACAUCAGUACUGCAAAGAAGCUACAAGGUCAGGUGGAAACAUGCUUUAUUUCAGUGGAAGAUUAUCACACUGCUGGCUGCCUUACUUCUGUGACGAAGGACACCGCCAACAGCUUUGCUCUGAUAAUAGGGGGCGUCGGUGACUGUGCGAUAUCUGUAUGGGAAGUGAAUCCUAAUAAAAAGCUAGUUUCUAUUCAAAAUGUUGCUGAUUCAAGCAUGAUUAAAGCUGCAAAGAAGCUUCAAGUUCUGGAGAACCUGCUGUUUGUCUUAGAUAAUGAGGAUGUGCUGUCCUUGUGGGACGUCCACUCGCUCGCUCUGACUUGGGACUGCCCUUCCAUCCACACUGAGGAAUUUCUUCUGACCUCAGAAUCAGAUUUUUCAACAGGAGCAGGGCUGGGGACCGCCAAUCUUAAGCUGGUGGCUCUGACAACACCGGACUAUGUCGAAGAGAUGAAGAGCAUUGUGGUCUUUUCGCUGCCCGCUAUGCAGCAGCUCUACGCUUUGGAAGUCACUCCUGCUUCCACGCUGGUUCAGAGUGUAAUAAAUACGGAUACAAUCUACUUUAUGGAGGGAAUGUACGAGAACAACCAAAAAUCUUCGGCUGAUCCGGUCUCAUUCCUGCUCAUGAGAAGCUUAACGGAAGCCUUACCCGAGAACAGAUUAAGCCGCUUACUACACAAGCACAGGUUUAACGAGGCUGAGAGUUUUGCUCUUCAGUUUGGCCUGGACGUUGAGCUUGUCUACAAAGUGACAGCAAACACUAUUUUGGAAAGAUUGGCUUCUGCUGGAAGUGAGGAUCCAUCAGCCUGGCUAGAACUUGUGCCUCAAGCUAAGGAAACCUUGAAUAAAAUAAAGGAUAACCAGUUUGUGGUUGAGUACUGCAUAAAUACUCCUUGGCCAACCUAUGAAACAGCUCAGGAAAUGCUGAAUUAUGCUCGGAUGAGGAUGCUAAAGAAAGAAGAUGCAGCCAUUAACCACCUCUUGAAUGUGGAUCCUGCCUCACUCCUUACAGAGGUGCUGCAAACACAAGCAAAACUGACUACUUUUCUGGGGGCUUUCGGGCCAGAGAAAUACAGCGGAAGGACUUGGUCUGAAUUUCUCAACACUAAGAACGUCUUCGGCCACAUCCUUUUACAACUCAGAGGAGGAAACCUCUCUUCUGCCCAGUAUCUCUGGUUAAGGCAUCAGGCAGAAUUAGAAAGAAGCUUUAGUGUGGAAAUGCUGGGUGACCUGAUUGACUCACUCUCCGGGGCUCUUUCUCUGAAAGAACUGUGUUUGUGGCUUAAGGAAGUUGUCAUUCCUUUCGUAAGGCGAGUUCUACCUCAAGGACAGAAAAGAAUAGCAAAGUGGUUGGAGGAACGUGCUCGAAGCCUUGAAUUAACUGACAAGACCAACUGGCCAGAAAAUGGACUUGAAAUGGCGCAGGUGCUUUUUACCAGCAAAGAUGUAGGUGAAAUUGGAUUGACAUCUUUUUCCCACUGGGAUUUUUUGAAGGACAGUGAUGACAAGGAGAUCCGCCGUCUUAUGGAACUGGUUGGAGCAUUACAGAAUUUGGUCGAUUUGUACAGGAAAUACAAUUGUAGGCUAGCUCUCUGUGACUUUGAAAAGGCAGAUGCAAACACAAUUGUGUUCCGUAUGUUUGACAAAGUUCUGGCGGCAGAACUCCUUCCGGCAGCUUUAGAGAAGUAUAUUGAACCAUACAUACGUCACCACAAUCUGGACAAAGAUGAAAUUCUCCUGCAGUACAUAAAGGACUUGCUGCAACGCUACUGCACGCAGUCUACGUCCAUUUUUGACACAACGUGGGAAGCCAAAGCUAUUGCAGUCUUGGGCUGCAUGUCCAACCUAGAGCUGACCUUCGAAGGGGUGCUGGUGAUCUUGCAUAGCGCUGUGGUUCCCUGGAGCCCAGGGGUGGAAGAACUAGUGCAGCGGUACCUGGGCAUGGGUCAUGCCAAGGUGAAGCUCCUUGAAGAAGGUUACAGACUGAUGGAAAUGAAGAAGCUUUUGCGGAGCUAUGGAAUAAGAGACACCAAUCUUUUAAAUGAUAAGCAGAUGAUAUUGAUGCUGGUAAAGUAUAUCCUUAAACAGGACACGUCUUCUGCUUUGGAAGAUGCUCUGAAAAUAAUAAAGGCAUAUAUGUUACCCGCUGCAGAAGUCUACGUCUGGAAGAUUGCAGAUCUUAUUGACAAAGAAAAGGGGGAAGACGUCAUCGAUCUACUGAAGUCUCUGCCUCCGUCUGAAGCCGUGGAAAUUGCCGAGAGGACCUUGAUUUGGGGGAAAAUUGCACUGGAGGAAGAAAUGGACAACUGUGAAGAACAGCAGAAAAUGCACCUGCAGGUGAAAAAGGUUCUGGUAGAAAUUCUCAAAUUCCUGCUUAGUCACCAGAAAGAAAAUCAUUGGCAGAAAGAAGAGUAUGAGAAAGAUUUAAAAACGUUUAAAAUUCUUGUAACUCUGCAGGAGAAUUUUGAUAUCUGCAUUUCAGUCAAAGAUUAUUGCAAUCCCACACUAAUUGCUCAGCUCCUUGAAGACAACAUUCAAGCCUAUGAAAAAGCGAGGCGACGUAGAAAUCCGCAAAAAGGGGAGACCAAGCCGGGAGGUCCCAGUGUAAAGAAAGAGCUGACUCAAAUUAGACUUUACAGAUUGGCUUUCCUUCUGCAAAAGACAGAAGCUGAAAUGGGGAGAGAGAUGGCCCUUCGAGCAUUAGCGAAUGGAAAGGUUGAGGAGGCAUUACAAAUAUGCAGUUACUUUUACGAAUACCACCAUAACGAAGAGACAGGGCGGCUGUUGUUCCUGGUGUCUCAAAAGCUUUGCCAUAUGCUGGGGUCCAAUAUUCCCAUGGUUAUGCCAGAAGGACUGAAUCUUCCAGAUAUGAUCAACAAGAUGGCUUGCCAGGCAGCUACACUCUGCAGUCCUGAUCUUUUUCUAGAUAUAUUGGAAUUUUGCCAAUACACUUCACUUGCCCAUGAAAUUUAUGCAAAAUGUCAAAUGGAAGACUUUGGAUUUAUACCAAAGGCAGCCUCUCUUGGUACCGAUAAAGACCCUUACGCAGACUGGACGUUUGAAGAGUUCUUUACUGAAGACGGGGCAGUCCUGGACCCGCCCGCUGUGCUUCCUUUUGUGUACAAAAUUGCUUCUUCCCUUGUGCCUCUGGCAGAACGGAAAGUUUAUCCUCUGGAAUCGACCAGCUUGGCGUAUUGUCCAUUCGAACAAGGAAGGAACCGUUGCUGUUUGGGCAAGAACGCUGUCUCUGGCCUGCUCAGCCACCUCCAAGAAUGUAGCCAGUACGAGCUGGCUUUAGGGCUGAUCUCCUCCUCUUUCGGGUCCCUGUUUCAGCACAUGAUAUCCAACAACAUGGAUGUCACUCUGAGUAAGAAGCUGCAUGACCAGGAAAUGCUAGAAGAGGCUCGAGCGUUCCUCCUGGCCGUGAUGCAGAGUUCAACUUCGGCGAUCCAGAGCAUUGUGACUGCUCUCUUGCACAAGGUAUUCAGCAGUCCCCCAGCGGAUCACAGCCUGGCCUUCGGCUACUGCACCCUCUUGCCCAGAGCAAUUGUUUUCGGAAAGCUCUGGGACAUUAUCAACCAAACGUCGCAGAACUACAAGAAGGUCCUGGCCAUUGCUAUUGUGGGAGCACAGCUGGCUCUUUUCUAUGAAGACCCCCAGGAAAAGCAAGCUUUUGAGGACUUAGUCACUGACGCCGAAUGGGGCAUAAAGCUUGGGAAGCUUGGGAUCUCUUUCCAGAAUAUAUUCAGGAUGCCGUCGGUAAGGAAGAAAGAGCUUCUAAGGACAUUGGUUCAACACCCAAACGCAGAUACCAACCUCAUCCUAAACUACUGCAGAACUUUUCUUUUGGAUACGGACGCUGCCCUGCAGCUCUAUAUUGAAACGCAUCUCCAGAACGCCAGUCAUGUUAAAGGAGAACUGGAGCAGGAUGCUGGGAAACCACCUCACGUUUUGGCAGUGGCCAGAGCUGUAGAAACCAUUCCGCUUCUUAGCAGCACCGCAGGCCUGGUGACCAGCCUCAGUACAAUGCUACACAAGGUUGAUCCGUAUGACUAUGAAACCAUUGAAAGUCUUUUGACGGUGAUCGAAAGAGCUGGAGGGCAAGCCACAGGCCUCCCCCUGAACUGGGCCACCAUGCUCCUAAAACACUUGAAAUCCUAUAAAAGAGUUUCUCCUCCUGGCGAUCUGGAACAGCAGUAUGCCUUUGACCAGGCUGUCUGUCUGUCCCCAGCUGCUCAAACCCGACUGCCUUUCCAUCUGAUCUUUUUUAGAACUUCACAGUGCUUCUGGAAGAUUAUUUCUGCAGAAAUCAAUGAGGAAUCCUUCCCAAAGCUGCUUUUGAUAUGCAAAGUCAUGAAGGUUUCCCUGGAUAUCCUCCACGUGUCGGCAGCUAACCGCAUCUUUCAAGAGCAGCUGAAACCAAACCUGUUGGCAACAACGAGCAGUGGGCAGUUGUGGCUAGCCGACAAGAAAGCUGAGAAACCCACACAGGCUGUUCAGUCUUACUUGCUGUUGAUCACGAACCCAGAGUGGGCUAUAGCCCUUGCCCACAAAAUAGCUCAGGAGCUUCCGACAGGGCCCACCAAGGUCCAGACUUUGAAAAUAUGCCUCAGCUUAGCAGAAAAGUGGCUGAAGAAUACAACAGUGACGGACGGCUCUCGUGAGAAGGCCCAGGCGCACCUAAAGAAACUGCAACUGCAGCACCAGAAAUCAGCCACAGAAGCUGUCUUGGCAGCCCAGAAGCUGAACUCCGAGGACUAUCAGAAGCUCCUCGGCAAACCUGCCAACCUGAUCAUUCUGCUUUAUCAGCACAGCAGCAUCGCUGAGAGAAUCCAAAAUCCAACUGGGAGAGAUUACCCAGAUAUCCAUGGUGCUGCAAAAGAAAUAGCUCAAAUUAACAACUUGGAUCUGAAGAAAAUCUUGGACAUGCUGUUGGAGAGGUGGCUGUGUCUGAAUGUCCUCCCCACAGAUACGGCUUCUGAGGAUUCUGAAAACAUUCAAAAAGAUGAAGACUUGAAGCGAGUCAUAUAUCUUCUUCAGCUUUACCCAGCAGAUAACCAGUUAAGGAUUCUUUAUGAAUGUGCAGUAUCUGCAACAUCUCCCAUAGGGGUCAACCAGUUGACCUUCGCACACAGGAGCCGAGCCCUCCAGUGUCUGCUCUUCCUGGCAGAUCCAGCAGCUGUUGAAUCGCUCUUCAGAAAGCCUAUCAAGAAAGUCAGGAACUUUAUGAAAUGCUUUGUUUACCUCGCAGAGCUGGAAGUUCUGAAUAUUCCUUACACCUAUGAAUCCUUCCAUAGGACACCGAAGGAAGGCAUGAUUAAAGGGCUGUGGAAAAACCACAGUCAUGAACCCAAGGCAGUAAAACUGGUGGCCGAGCUUUGCUUGGAAUACAAGGUGCAUGACCCUGUGCUCUGGAAUGGGUUGCUACACAAGCUAAUGUGCUUCAAAAUGGUCCACUAUUUGAGGAAAGUUUUAAUGGAGACUUCUGGCAUUUAUUCCUUAUGGCCGAUUCCAAAUUAUAGCCGAGCCUGGCAGAGCGUCAUUCUGGCUCCAAUUCUUUCUGCUUUAGGUCUGCCAGAUCCUGAUCAACUGGAAGACUGUUGCGGGACUUUCAAGACACUACUGAUGUGUCCAGUCCUGGCAGAUCUGGAUUUAAUGGGGAUUGCGAAGCGGUACACCCAGCUAGGCCUGGUGGCUUUGGCUUUAGGGUGCCUUCUGCUGAUUCCGCAGCUGGAGAAAAGAGCCCAACAGAUUCAGGGCUUCCUGUCCUCAUCUGACCUCGAGCUGGUACUGCAGCAGACGGAAGAGCACCUGAGCCUGGGGGAGGCCGCUGGUGUUGCUUCCCAGGUGAGGAGUUUAACCCUGGACUACAUCCUCCACGAGGCAGAAAAGGACUUGGCAGAGGUCAAAUAUUUCCCGUUAUUAAAGUUGCAGGAAAGGCGUCCUGGCCAAGUGAAAGGCCUGGUUGAGAAACUUGUAGCGAAGAACAGAAUGGAUGACGCGGCAUCUCUGAUAACAGAAUAUCUUCAGAAAUCUGAGACCCCUCUCCCGCCAAGACAGACCGCUUCUGAGGUUGUGAAGAUGUACUUCAGUGAGCUGGCACAAACUCUGCGGUAAAUCCCCAAAGAAGAUGAUCCUUUCUCCCCCCCCCACUUUUUUCUGCAGGACAACAUUGUCAGGAUAUAUAAAACGUAUGAUUUUAAUCCCAAUUCUACAUGUGAGACUAACUUUAUCAAUAUGUCAUUUCUCUCGGUAUAUGUUAAAAUUAUCACACAAAACAGAUGCCCACAUUUCAUGGGUGUUUAUAGAAAAUAUUUUUGGCAAACUCACUCUGUAUCCCUUUGAGAGUCCCACACUAUAAUAGCUAUGAAAUGGUUUUAUAUAAGGAGAAACACAAAUAAAUCUCCAUGUUUUAAUAAUAAAUAAAAAUAAAUAAAUAAAUCCAUGAAAACAUGGCUUCCCUGCUCUUUCAUUGACGUUUAAGGCAUAAAUCAGUCUUGCCCACUGAAUGCUCUU